CGGCCCCUCUUUAACCUUUCGAGUCCCUUCAUUAUCUGCCUUUAACGAAUGCGAGCCAUGUGUUCGUUCUUCUCUGAACCGCCACUGCCUGAGUCAGGGCACCCUGCUGCAUUCAGUCAUGUUGCUCCUCCUUCUAGCUCGAGGAACAGCCGAUGUCCUAGAACUCCAGUCUGAUGAAUCCUCGCUUCUCGUCCGCCGAAGCGAAGCCUCCAUGACGCCUCGCCUCACGUAUAUGGGAGACAGUUCCUCAUGCCUUGAGAACCAAUACCACGAUCCGAGCUGUGAGAAAGAUGUCCAAUGACUGUAAAAAUAUCCCACUCCACACAACCUUUACCGUUCACGGUUUGCACACUUAGAAGAACUUUCCAAGCUCCAGCAAGACAAUUCGGCAAUGGACGAGUUAUAGUUUGGAUAGAUGGAUGGAUCAAAAUAUGGCAAGAUCGAAUACGCUAGCUUACUAUAGCAGAAGCAAGAGAACACAGGUAUCUGGCGCGUCUCGUCAACUCUACAUCCUUUUCACGUGUCUAUCUUUGUCGCGCACCAUAAGGAUAAUAUUUGCAGGAAGGACUAUCUUCUUCUACCAUAAAUUACUUUGUCGCCUUAUCACCUUGUCUAUGUGUCUACCGCACAACACGCUUCUUACAUCCUCUUCUUCCCUAACAUAUGCGAAAGAUCACCGUGUUCUUGUAGCUCUAUCAGGUAUCCCUUGACGCAAAGCGUCUUUCAAAAUCACUUUGGACAGCAAGCGUUGACGGCCUUGGCCGUAGCAGCGCAGGCGUUUGUUCCUGCGCCCAGUCCAGUCGACCUACAAUCCUCAAAGUCUUGGACACUGCACCGACAACAGGCUCAAACAACCUCCUGCACAGACACGUCCUUACUGCCCACACAACUCCUGUGAACGGAUACAGCAGGGCCUAGCUUGGUUACAGCCAACUUCAGCGCCGCGACUUGUCACCUACUUACAGGGAUCUCAAAUCGUGCUUGCUCGCGGACACUUACUCGAUCAGCACGAAGUGGACUAUUGCUCCUUCAAGAGACAGCCUCCCAGGAGUUCUAGCCAGGAGCCAGGUUCCUAGGACUUUUACGACCUUAUUCUCGCAUUCCACAUUCAAGCAACUAUCGCAUAACAGGACAGACUUGGUUGAAUGCUACCAACAGCGGUAUUGACACCAACUUAACUCUCUGGAUACUCCACAAGCAUACUACCUGUCAGCCAGUCCAUUCACCUCGUACUAUAAUAAAGCGUUCUGGUCAAAGAACCGCGUUUUUGAGGUUCACUGGGUAGUAUUUGACAACAAACGCACACAUAUCCACACCCGACUUGGAAGUGUACUUACCCAGUUUGGAAAUUUCCACGCUGUCUGUACUAUUCAACCAAAAUACAAACAAACCACCAGGCCAGGACCGUCAGAAAAAAUGUGCUUCGCAUACUGCUGCGUGUCAUGUAAAGUGACCAAACACAUCUACUGUGAAAAUUACGUCUUUGAGUCCGGUCGGACCUGCUGCAACAAGCCGACCAUCGAAACGCCCUGGGGAAGUCGCAAGCUGUGCUGUCACACCUGCAUGACGAUCAAAGGGGUCAUCCAUGAGUUGAGGGUCCUCGCCUUCGUCGAGCCUUGGCUCCUUACUGAGGGCAUGGCUGGGGCACCAAAGAAGGAAGCUUGGGAGCUGGUGGGCAACGACGGCAGCAGUGGCAACGACGAUGAGGACGACGAAAACGAGGAUGAAUCGGGUGAAUCGGAUGGUUUGACGCGUGAGCAGAGAGCUCGCAUGCGGGCGGAGGCAGAAGCCGCGGUCAUGAAGCGCUGGGGCUUGAUGAGGGCCGAGCAGGCGGCAGAGGAAAAGGACAAGGCCACGGAGAGUGAGAGUGACGGCGGCCAGGGAAGUUGGGUGGUGGUCGAAGCCCCAAAGAACAAAUAGAUGGCAACCACCUGGCCAGUAGAGGUCUGGUGCUAUGUCAAGCCUGAGGUACUAGUACUAGUUGACCCCAAGGGGCUUCUCUAUUAGAUUUUGUUAGCUCAACACGAUGAGCGAACGCAGUUAAACCAUAGGAGAACCGACUCAUUUAUUGCCUU